AUGCCGACCAAGACAAAGGGGGAAGUCAAGGAACCUCAUUACCCAAAAACUUCGAACUUCCGGUCUGAAGUCGAGGUCACAGAUAAACUCUCACGAAACUUCAUCAAGGGAUGUGGAGAGGAAGGGAAUCAACAGGAAGCAAAUGUUAAGCUCCUGCCUUUCACGGGCGGCUCUCCGGCCACAAGGCAGGGCCAGAAGGCCAUAGCAAUAACCAUCGUCGCGAACGAUGAAAUGGAGGCCGGACAGGUGGCCCGCACGAGAGACAAAUAUCUGAAACCUUCAAUGGCCGCCAGAUUAAUGGGAAUGGUGCAGUAUUCAAGCGCCCUCCUGCUUUUCACAUGCACUAGUACAAAGAUUCAAACCACUAAAUCACUCCAACAUUACAUAAUUCUGUGCUGGCCUGAGCAGUGCAUCGCCCCCCCCCCCCCUCGGCGGCCCCUGACGAGUAAUCAAUUUAUACGUAGCUACCGUAUUGCACGAGGAAUAUCAACACAAUUCCAUAGCCUUAUUCCAUGCAUUGUUCAGCCAAUUUUGGUACAAGAUCCGUCGUCUCCAGCUUUCCCUUAUGUCAACACGGGAUUAAUAUUCCCAAUUUUUAAAACCUCUUUUUUCUCUCUCUUUUCAGUUAGCUUCGAUCACUUCCAAGUCCUGCGAGCGAUCGGGAAAGGCAGUUUUGGCAAGGUGUGCAUCGUGCAGAAGCGAGACAGCAAGCAGAUGUUCGCCAUGAAAUACAUGAACAAGACGCAGUGUGAGGCGCGGGACGCUCUGAGCAACGUCUUCAGGGAGAUAGAGAUUCUGGCUUCGCUCAGCCACCCCUUCCUGGUCAACCUCUGGUUCAGCUUCCAAGAUGAGGAAGACAUGUUUAUGGUCGUCGAUCUCCUUCUGGGGGGCGACCUGCGCUACCACGUGCAACAGGGCGUGCAAUACACAGACGAGGCAGUGCGGCUCUACAUCCUGGAGGUGGCGGCGGCGCUCCAAUAUCUUCACAAGAGAAGUAUCAUCCAUAGGGAUAUCAAGCCUGACAAUUUGCUGUUAGACGAAGAAGGCCAUGUGCACCUGACUGAUUUCAACAUCGCGACGGUUCUCCGCGACGACCAGCUCGCGACCUCGAUGUCAGGCACCAAACCAUAUAUGGCUCCCGAGGUGUUCGAAUGCGCGGCGGAUACCUGCGACGGCUACAGUUUCCCCGUCGAUUGGUGGUCUCUUGGGGUGACAGCUUAUGAAGUUAGACGGGGAAAGCGCCCCUAUGACAUUCAUUCCAACACGUCACUCCACGAGAUUCGCCUUAUGUUCCUGCAGAACCUAAAGUUCCCCGUCGACUGCCACCCUGGACUCGUGCACCUCAUAUCAAGGCUACUGACCAUAUCGCCCGAGAAGAGAAUCAGCAGCAUAGACGAGAUCCUUGCGCUGCCCUACACUUCCGGCGUCUGCGUGGACACCCUCCUGAAGAAGAAGUAUAAGCCUCCUUUCACGCCUCCG